AGGGGAGUUUCCCAUUUUCAAGAUAAGAGGCGCCUUCCGCUGUCAAGAUGCCCUCUUUACCCCCCACACAGUCUCCACCACUGGUUUCAUCUCCAGCUCCCACCGCCACUUUCCACAAAUUCCCCAAGCUCCCACCAGAGCUGCGCCUCAUGAUCUGGCGCCUCAUCGCAAACACCCCUCGAACAAUUACAUCUCAUGCACCUAUCUCUCCUUCCCCGAGCGAUACAUUAUCACCAACGCACAACGCCCGCACCGUUCCAGCAAUCCUAUCCGUGUCCCAAGAAGCACGCUUCAUCGUGCUUGAGCACUACGACUUCUUCUUCAGCCCCGCCUUCUUGGGCCAGCUGGGAUUUUACAUCAACUAUGCUGUCGACACGCUUCUGAUCUGGGAGGACGAUGUGAUCGAUUUCUUCUUCGCCGGUCUGGACGCGAGCUAUGCCUCUUCACUUCCAGAUGAAAUCCUCGAGUUGGAGAAGAAACUCAAGUUCCUUGUUUUUAGGGGCUAUUACCGCGCAGGUAGCCUAGAUGAUUUCGGCUGGGUGCUUGUCCGGUUCAAAGCGCUGAAGGUGCUCAUUAUCGAGGAGGUUGUGCAGGACAUUUGGCACAAUGAUCCUAAUAUCACACGAGUUCAUCUCGAAUGCGUUAAGCAGAGACUUGAUGCCGCGUGGUUGGGGAAGAGAGUCCCUAGUGGAGGGAGGAAUUCUAUAGAUAGGUCCGUGACUAAGGUCGACGAGCCUAUUGGAGGGAAUGGUCCUAAACUUAAGGCUCUGACCAACGAUGAGAUGCUUGCGAUGUAUCUCUCGCAGGAGGAAAGAACUUAAAAGUCAAGCAAAAAAGACAAAGAAGAAUAUUUGAGAAGUGUGCUGUUGAGGAGGAAACAGCUGCUUCCGGUGCGAGAAGCGUAGCCACUGAACCUUCGGGUCGAUGAGACAUUCGAGGGAAGUGCAUAUCUUGAUCAUUGCUGUCCUUCGCAAGGCUCAGUUUAGCGAUGCAGUCGGCCUCCAAGCUUCGUACCUGCACAAUAUAUCAGUACAAGUUAUCCCCGCGGACGCACCUGUGAAACUAGAUACUCUUCACAACAUCGAGCCGGC